AUGAACCUGUCCUGCCUCCUCUACGGGCCUGGCAAAGUCCGGUUUGAGAACCGGCCGAUACCGACCAUCGACGAUGCUCACGAUGUCUUGGUCCGAAUCUCGUAUGUUGGCGUUUGUGGCAGUGAUGCUCACUUUUGGACUCAUGGCGGUGUGAUGCGGAUUGUCUCUGAAGACGAGCCACUUGUUAUGGGCCACGAGGCAUCCGGCAUUGUACACUCUGUUGGCCAGGCGGUGACCACAGUCACGCCUGGGGACCGCGUUGCCAUCGAGCCUGGAUUCCCAUGUAGACGAUGCAAGCAGUGCAAGGCAGGAAAGUACAAUCUUUGUCCUGGCAUGCAAUUCACGGCAGAUCCUCCGAGAAACCAUGGCACGCUAGCCCGUUUCUUCAGGGCACCGGAAGAUUUUGUCUACAAAGCCCCGGACUCUAUCAGUCUGCAGGAGGCUGUUAUGGUGGAGCCCCUGAGUGUCGCUAUCCAUGGUGCUCGUCUUGCUCCCCUUGCCCCGGGCCAGAACGUGCUCAUCCUGGGAUGUGGCACAAUUGGACUUCUUGCUGCUGCCGUUGCCAAAGCUUUUGGUGCCAGGGCUAUUUUUGUUGCGGACAUCAACAAGGCUAAACUAGAAUUUGCAAAGAAGUUCAUUGCGGGAUAUUCUACAUUCUUUCCCGAUGUGAACUUUACGCCACAGGAGGAGGCAAAGAGGUUCAAGAAAGAAAUGAAACUCGAAGAAGGCGUUGAUGUGGUCUUGGAGUGCACUGGGGUCGAGUCAUCAACUCGAACGGGGAUUUUUGCAUCUGCCGCCGGAGGUGUGUUGGUUCAGAUUGGACUGGGAAAGGCAGACUUGAAUUUGCCUAUUCUAGAUAUGUGCGAGAAAGAAACAGUCCUGAAGACGGCCUGGAGAUAUUCACCUGGUGAUUACGAGAUUGCAAUCAAUAUGCUGGCUUCUGGUAGCAUAUCCGUCAGUGCUCUAAUUAGCAGCGUUUCUCCCUUUGAAGAUGCGGCAGUGGCCUGGGAACGGACCAGAAGGGGCGAGGGAAUCAAGAACGUGAUUGAAGGUGUACGAGACUGA